AUGUGUUGUUCAUCUCCUGAUACAGGUUCGCAGGUUGGAGAGAACGAGGAGGAGAUUCCCACUUUCCGGAGCUGCGUCUUUUCUCGUCUCUUCCUCAGCAGUCUGCUCUGGUUCUCGCUCCUCCAGCUACGCUUCUCGUUUUUCAUCGGAACAUUGAACCCUUUGCUCAAUCUCAUGACGAACGGCGAUCCCGAGCUGGUCAGCAGAUUUACAAAUGCCUUCGCCUUCACCCAGCUGUUUACCGUCCUCUGCGCUCCUUUGAACGGACUAAUUCUGGACCGACGCAAGUGGAGACGUCGGGGAAUGAACUCGCCCUCGGGCUCAGCAACCUCCCAGAGAGUGAACGACAUACAGGCGGUGGUCCUCUCUCUCGCCCUCACCGUCACCCUCUCGGUGCUGUUCUCUCUCGCAGCCGCCAUUCCCAUACCGGAGGUUCAGUACCUGACAUUCGUUCUCUUCAUGAUCAACCGAUCCUUCCUGUAUGGGGGACUCUCCGCAUUUCUCGCCAUGACGUUCCCUCCCUGCCACUUUGGGAAACUCUACGGGGCAACACGGGCGCUGGCGGCAAUCGUCUCCCUGCUUCAAUAUCCUUUCUUCACUAUCGUUAAGGGCCCCUUGCAGGACGAUCCGUUAUACAUGAACAUCGGUUUUAUCGCAUUAGUAGCUUUGGCCUACGCCCACCCAAUCAACGUCUUCAUCUAUUGCCGAUGGACCAAUCAUCAAUUGAGUGUGUGAGGCAGGUGAGAUGGAGGGAGAGGAACGGAAGACAGAAGCCCAGGAGAUGCUGUCCCUACGGAAUAUUUGGAGGAAAAAUCAACAGUAGAUACUGGGAUCUUGAGCGACACACAAAGUGCUGGAGGAGCUUGGCGCGACAACCAUCAUCUACGGAGGGAAUACAUAGACGACGUUUCUGUGUUUUCCCGGGACGAUGAGAUGGUGUCAUUUUGGGCACGUUGAUGCAUUUGAUGGGAGCGGGGCAGGGGAAUCAGUGGGGUCGGGCUAAAAUGAGGUGAAGGUCAGCGCAUUAAGUAAUUAGAGACAAGAAAAGGCCAUUCGACUUCGCAAUUGGAUUGUGGCUUGACUUUUGUUGUUUCCUUAAUCUCUUCCUUCCACGGGGUGCGAGAGGUAUGUACAAAGUCGGGUUUCCACAAUGCUCAU